AAGCGAAAUAAGAAAACUACGACGGGAACUUUCCACAAGGAAACAAGAUGGCUGCCUGUGUUGCUGUCAUAGCAAAAGAGAAUUAUCCUCUGUUUAUCAAGACAAUUCCGACAGACAAUGAACUCAAGUUUUUUUACACUGUGCACACAUCCCUGGACGUGGUGGAGGAAAAGAUCAGUUCUGUGGGCAAAAAUGCAAAUGAUCUGAGAGAAUUGUAUCUUGGACUUCUCUACCCCACAGAGGACUAUAAAGUAUAUGGAUAUGUGACCAAUACGAAAGUUAAAUUUGUCAUUGUAGUCGACUCAACGAAUGCAUCUCUGAGAGACAAUGAAAUUCGAACGAUGUUUAAAAAGCUUCACAAUGCCUAUGUGGACAUGUUGUGUAACCCGUUUUACAAACCUGGGGAAAAUAUCACCUCAAGAGGGUUUGAGAACGUGGUGCUGGCCAUGCUGCAACAAGACUAGACGUGCGGUGGACAAGUGAGAAAGGACGUGAGAUGUGGUCAACUCAGGCAAGUGAUAUGAACCUGUUGGAAGGUUGAGCCUGCACUUGGUUUCUGACAACAAUGUACACUUGAAAUUUAUGUUUUGUCGUAGACCAGUGUAAAGGAUCACUGUCCCAGCUUCUUAUUUUGCAUUUGAUGCCUGGAUUGAAUGCAGUCGUUGAGGCUAUAAAGUCAUUUGGGACUUGGGGGGGGUGGAGGGGGGAAUUGUCUACAGUUUGUUAACCCAAAGUUUGUCUUUUGUAUGAAUGUGUCUGAUUUGAUUAUUUAUAAGAGUCUGGGUGCAUGCACAGUUGGUGAAUAACCUUGGCAGGCAGGGAUUAAUUCAUUAACGGCUCUGGUCUGUAUAAAUAAUAACUUUUAAGGAGAUUUCGAAAAUGACAUAGAGGCCUAUGCGAAAGGCAAGGGAUUCUACAUUCAGUUGGCCCCAUAUGGACAUAGUGAAACUAUGAAGACAUCAGGCCUGACCUUUAAGUUUGUUGAAUUAGGAGAGUUUGUUUAUACGAAAGAUGAAUAAUGUGAGCAUUUGUUAUCAGUAACAGAAGGGACAUCUGGCCUGAUCAUCAGGGUGAGAGUACAGAAUGUGAGCAUUUGUUAUCAGUAACAGAAGGGACAUCUGGCCUGAUCAUCAGGGUGAGAGUACAGAGGUAAAGGACCAGUAGGCCCCAAACUAAAACCAUUUCCUUCUCUUUGCUGCUAAAUUGAAUGUGUCAAAGACAAAGACUACAUCAAAAUUAUAAAUUUAUCUACAGUAUGCAGAAUAUUACUACCGUACUGCAUACAAUGGACUGCGGAAAUGUAUGUGGUGUGAAAGCAAAAUUAUUGUAUUUCAUUUAUGUGUAUGUUUGAUUUAUGAGUCUGUAUGCUGGAAAAGUAAGAAAUAAUGGUAUGUUAAGUGAGUGGUCCAAAUUCUUUUGAAAAGAAUUUCACAUCAUGUGUUGUGUACAUGAUAUAUGUAUGUUCACACUUUUGACAACUUGUGUAAUGUGAAAUCAAUUCACGACCUAUUUUGUGCAAUAGAUAAGGGAUAAGGGAUUGUGACAUUUAGUUUGUACAAAAAAUUGUUCUCAGUGAUAUAUUGUAUGUUACGAAUGAGCAUCAUGGGGUAAUGUUCUUAUGGUGCUGCAUUCCAAUUUGUGUACAUUUAUCAAUAAAUAACAAUAAAUCAAUCUGUAAACUAGU